UAAACCGAUUGAAUCUAGCGUUGCCACUUCUUCUUGGACCGGCCAGCUGCCAGCUGUGCUCUCAACGCGGUGGCAACAUCGCAACAAAUGCACGUGUAAAGUAACAAAACAAAUAUGCGCAAAAAGCAAGCUGAUGAAAUUCCAGGAUUCCCCUCGCUGGAUAAUGAUGGCGGCGGCGGAAGCGGAGGGGGUCAGGGAGACGAUAUCCUCCGUAGCAAGCCCAUCAAAAAAAGCGGCGGCUUUCAAUCCAUGGGCCUGGGCUUUGAACUAAUCAAGGGCAUCACCAAGCGGGGCUACAAGGUUCCGACACCUAUCCAACGUAAGACUAUUCCACUGAUUCUGGAGGGUCGAGACGUGGUGGCCAUGGCUAAGACGGGAUCCGGUAAGACAGCCUGCUUCCUGAUUCCACUCUUUGAGAAGUUGCAGCGGCGCGAGCCCACCAAGGGCGCCCGAGCCCUCAUACUGUCGCCCACGCGCGAGUUGGCGGUGCAAACGUACAAGUUCAUCAAGGAGCUCGGCCGCUUCAUGGAGCUGAAAACCAUCCUGGUUCUGGGUGGCGACUCCAUGGAUUCGCAGUUCUCGGCAAUUCAUACAUGCCCUGAUGUUAUUGUGGCCACGCCUGGCCGCUUUCUCCAUUUGUGUGUGGAAAUGGACCUUAAGCUGAACUCCAUAGAGUAUGUGGUUUUCGACGAAGCCGAUCGUUUGUUCGAGAUGGGUUUCGGUGAGCAGCUGAACGAGACACUACACAGGCUGCCCUCAACCCGGCAAAUGGUCAUGUUUUCUGCGACCCUGCCCAAGCUGCUGGUGGAUUUCGCUCGUGCCGGACUCAACGACCCGGUUCUCAUACGUCUCGACGUAGAGUCCAAACUGCCGGACGCCCUGGCUCUAAAGUUCCUCUACUGCCGGCCCGACGACCGCUACACAGCGCUCGUGGUGCUCCUAAAAUAUGUGAUCCCGCAGGAUUCGCAGACCGUGGUGUUUGCUGGCACACAGCACCAUGUUGAAUUGAUUUCGUACAUCCUCACCGAGGCAGGCAUCUCCAACACAUCGGUGUACUCCAGUUUGGAUCCGGCCGCUCGUAAAAUCAAUACCGCCAAGUUUGUGAACAAGAAGGUAUCUGUGCUAAUCGUCACGGAUGUGGCCGCGCGCGGCAUCGACAUUCCCAGCUUGGACUACGUGGUCAACCUUCACUUCCCGGGCAAGCCGAAGCUGUUCGUGCAUCGCGUCGGUCGCUGUGCCCGAGCAGGUCGCACUGGUACCGCUUACUCAAUCUUCUGUACCGACGACACGGCCCAUCUGCUCGAUCUACACUUGUUCCUGAACCGGCCCUUCAACAUCCAUGACAGCUCGGCCAUGGGGACUAUUCCACAGGACCUGCUCGAGGAGGAGCACCUCACGGUGACCGAUAUCAAGAAGAGUCAUCAUAUCUCCGGAGUGUUGCGGACCAGCGAGAAUGCGUAUAAGAAGUACCUGAGCUCACGUCCAGUAGCCUCCACGGAUGCCAAUGCGCGAGUUAAGAAAAUUAAGUUCUUUGCGCUCAAACCGUUGGAAGAUUUUUUCACAGCGGCUCCGGCGCUCGCCCAGGCCGCUGAGGUUAAUAACCAGUCCGCAGAGUCGCAGGCGGAGGUAGCUGCAGCUGAGCGCAAGUUGCAGGAGGAGAAGCACGAUAUACUGGUCAAGAUGCGCAGUUUUCGACCUGGCGGUACCAUAUUUGAACUCAACACCACCCAAAAGUCGACACAAUUUACCGUUAUGAAGGAGAAGCGAUCCCAACACGCAGAUGUUAUUCAAAAGUUUAGACAACAGCGUGCGGACGAGGACUUGGACGAAGCGAAAAAGGAGGCCGAGACGCAGAGGCCAAGUUCGUCCUUAAUGCCCACCGCCGACGAGGAAGCCAUAAGCAAUACUUUUAACAAAGUCGUUGCGCCCAAGAGACUUCAAAACAUGGACGCGUUGUACAAGGAUAAGCCUAAGAAAAAAAAGCGUAAGACAAACGCCAAGGAUGAUGAGCACUACGUGCCGUACCAGUCGGCCGACAAGCACACAGAGGAUGGCCUGGCCAUUAACACGUUUGAACGUCAGGCGCAGAAUGCCGAGUUUUCGGUAUCGGAUCGCAAUUCUACGCAGGAGAUGAAGCACAAGCCGGGCCUGAAAAAGUGGGACCGAAUCAAGAAAAAAAUGGUUUCCGUGCAGGAUCCUCGAGCCAACAAGAUCCGCACCGAGUCUGGUGCUUGGAUUCCAGCGUCCUUCAAAACGGGUCGAUACAACGAGUGGAAGGAGAAAUCCAAAAUCGAGGACCAGCUGCAGCGUGAGAACGCGGGCAGUGACGACGACAAAUUCAGGCCUCUGAGCCACGCCCAGCGUUAUCCCGUCAGCCGCCAUGCGCGCCACAACGUGAAGCUGGAGCUGAAAAAGCGACUCAGCGGAAAUGAUAAGGAGAUGCGCCGACCCGAACAAAUUGUCAAGUCUCGCAUGCGACUGGAGUUCAUUAAGAAGCGCAACGAGGACAACGCGGAGCGAAAGGCCGAGAAUCGUAAGCGCAGCAUGCGGAAGAACCAGCGACCUAAGGCCCAAGCAACUGGUGGGUCCAGAAAGCGCAAGUAGAAGAAAGAGAUCUUUGGCUGGGCUUUUCCUACUAAAUGCGAAACGCCCCAUGACGAGAAUGCGCUAAUUAAUCGCCUCCCCCCGAACGAAACACUCAAAAUAUUUGUUCAGCAGGCACUGCACUCCAGCCAAGGGGCUCGGCCGUGCCCAAGAACUGCUCUUUGGACUUCGAUUUUGGAAAAUGUUUUGAUAAAAAUACACGAUGAAAUGUGUGAA